AUGUUGCUUCAAAAGUUUAGGGACAAUGGUUGGGAGAAUUUUCUUGAAACUAUGAUAUCAUUUUGUGAAACUCAUGAGAUUAAUAUGCCUGAUAUGAGUGCUCCACAAAGGGUGGGUACUGGUCGUUCUUGUCAACAAAAUGAUGACAUUACAAUAGAACACCACUAUCAUUUUGAUAUAUUUAAUGUUGUUAUAGAUAAACAGAUGAUGGAAUUAGAUGAAAGAUUUCCAGAGCAACCAAAGGAACUUCUCACUCUUACUGCAGCUUUAGAUUUUCAAUAUGAUUUUAGGUCUUUUAAGAAGGAUGAUAUUUGCAGUCUUGCUGAAAAGUUCUAUCCCCAAGAUUUUACUUCUGUUGAGUUGCAUGCUUUAGAUUUGCAAUUGACAUUUUAUGCUGAAGAUAUUCAUAGCCGUCCUGAGCUUCAGAAUAUUACUAGUCUUUCAGAAUUAUGUGUGAAAUUGGUUGAAACAAGAUUACCAGAAGACUACCACUUAAUUCAUAGAUUGCUUUGUUUAGUAUUAACUUUUCCUGUCUCUACGGCAUCAAUAGAAUGA